AUGCACAUCCAAACAUCAACAAGUCAGGGUAGCAUCAGAGAACAAAGCAGCGAGCAGAAGUCGUGCACAUACUUUUAUCAGACCUUUUGAAGGGGACCGAUAGGAAAGAUUCCAACCCUCUGUGACAUUGUUAUAGUGGAGAUUUUAUACACUACCAUUGUCUAAAAAGGACCUUGUUUAUUGAAACUGUUUACAUGAAGGACGUAGAUGGGAUAUUUUUAAAACAUUAUCUGCAUAAAGUAUCGGGUAUGCAACACGAAAAUAGCAAUAGACUACAGUGAAUUUACAGAUAUGUGCAUUGUAAAAUUUUGAGAAAUUUCUAAAAUUGUUGCCUUUUACUGAGGACCUAUCACUGAAGAAUGAAAAGUGCCCAAAAUGUCGAGUGGCAUGCAUAUUUCUAAGAACACAGUGAAAAGGAUUAAGCAAGGUGACAUCCAGCUUCAUUCAACUAUCCAUAAAAUCGACUCUUCUCUUUCCGAAAGUCUCCAUCAAAUUGAAUACAAUGUCCGGAAAAUAGCACAAGAACAAGGGCAAAAGGAUGAAUAUCAGCCUUACUAUCUACGGCGAAGACGCUCCAUUGAACAAAUCAUCGAUUCAGAGAAGGCCUUCCCAUUUAACAAUGAACUGCGCGAAAGAGCAAGUAGUCUCGGAAGCAGGCCUGUGACAACUAGCAAACUGCAAAUUCCGAGCAAUUCCGCUUCCAAAGAAUCGGUAUCUUCUGAAGACGGUAAUGGGACACGUGACGUCAACAGCCCAAGACGUCGACCCAAAACAAGUGAAAAUACAGAAGAAAAUCCUGGCAGCAGUUUAAGUCAGUUUUACCGUUUCAGACAGGGAAUGAGAUCUAGAAGAAAUUCAUUGCCUAUGAGUUUUAGUCUGCAAAACUUGGAUGAUCUCCGCGCGCGAAGUCAGAGUGAAUCAGGUGAGGUCGGAGGACUGAAUGUUCGUCUGCAUCGCUUGGAACAUGAACUCGCGCAGAGAAAACCAAAGAGCAGACGACAGCUCCUCGCCACUAGUAUGACGUCAAUUGAUGAGAAAAAAGAACAAGAAAAAUUAGAAAUGGAGAGGCGGCAGCAAGAGGCAAUGGAAUAUGUUAAUUCUAUUGAGAAAUGUAACAGUUACUACAUCCGAAACAAAAGUAACCCGGCGGAACUAACUGUAGAUGAGAUCUUUCAGAAAUCCUAACAUUAUGAAGACAUUUUUGUUUUUCUUUCACAAUAACAAUUUUGUUUACCUUUUAUGUGAAUUGUAGCUCAACUGGAAGAUGGUGAAAUGUGCUUAUUGCAAACAUGGAUAAAGCUAGUAAGCCAGUACAUGGUCAAUGGAUACUAAUUAUAUUUUCACUAAGACCAUGCUGUUCAGGUAAACAUGCAAUGAAUACUGACUGUAACAUUUUUUUACCACUGUUUCAUGUACUAAAUUGAAUGAAAACAAGACUGAUCUGU